AUAGCACACAAAACCUACAGUGCAUAAUCAAUAUCUGGAUGCAUGUCAGGAAAUGUACGACCAAACAUCUGUUGCAAUUUCAGAAAUUCAGAGUGUGACAAUUUACACAAGCGACUGCGAUGUAGAAGAAGGUGAGUGCUAAUUCUGACGUGGCAUAUUGGGGAGACGGAAAAUUCAUGACGGUUUAUCUUCUGAAGAGGAUUCUUGAGGUUGAUGAAGACUUUGAUUGUGAACUGAACUUACAAAACUCAUGUGGAUUUCGUAACAGAGGAUGUGAAAUUGUAUAUGAAUUCCUCCCACCACUGACUUGGUAUCUAUGUGUGAAGUCCCGAGACAAUCUGAGAUAAUCCAAGAUAUCAGAGUGACAUACGGAUACUGCCGAACAAUCUCACAAGUCAGAGUUACAUGAUAACUCCCAAGGACACAACACUACGAGUACCAUAGAUUUAUCUGUGAAUACAUCCUUGAACACUUUGACACUUUAAACACACUGUGACAGUGCUUUUACUUAAAAAUAUGUUUCUCUAACUGAAAAGUAUUGACAAACUCAAAACAAUUAUUCCUAAAAUGAGACGUCAGUGAAACUGACUGCAUCACAGAAUCUGUUGGUUUCCAUAGCAACAGUAGAAUCAUGCAGAACCCUAUACAAGAACUGCUGCAGUGUGCCGUGUGUCUGGGCACCGUUGCACACCCUCGUGUCCUCCCUUGCUUCCACUCCUUCUGUGAAUCCUGUCUCACCACUCACAUCAGGACCACUACUGGCGUAAGUAGGUUCAGGCCAAGAAAAUUCAACUGUCCCUCUUGCCGUAUUUCGACAGACCUGCCCCCUGGUGGGACGGAUGCCUUUCCCCAUGACUUCAGACUCAUCCAGUUCACCGACGCACUCAAGACGAUUGUCAACCUCAAGAAAGAAGGCUUGUGUGGUAUCUGUUGUACAGAGGAGUACUUCAGAAGCGCUCAACAGUUUUGUGCCGACUGUCAGAAGUACUUCUGCAAUGACUGUUCCCUGAAACACCGGGUGACUCCAGUCCUGAGUCAUCACUUUAUGCUGGAUCUCCCCGGGGAUGGUCAGGGUGCCGGACCAUCCUGCCACACUCAUCCCAAAGAACCGGCCAAGUAUGUUUGCAGUACCUGCACCUUCCCGGUGUGUGUCAUCUGUGUAAUGGGCCAACACAAGUUCCACAACAUCGCCCAUCUGAACCCAUCCAGCUCCCUCCAGCGCACCGAGCUCCACGACAGCAUGACCAACAUACGAGAACAGAUCUGGUCCACCCAUGAGACACUGUUCAACCUUACAUGUCUGGAGGGCAAACUCAAGGGGCUGUUUGAAGAGUCACGACUGCAGAUCAAAAAAAGAUCCCGGAAACUCAUCAACCGUAUCCUUGGUGAUGAAGGCCAGCUCCUGAAGGAACUGGAAGCCAUUUAUGACACAAAAUGCAGUGAAGUCUUCAAGAUGAAGGAGACGUGUCGAAAGAAGUUGUCAUCCUGUGAGACUCUCCAGUCGCAAAUAGGGACAUUGCUUCGUGCAGAUGAUAUUCAUGAACUGCUCAUUAAGUAUCCUACUCUGAGCGAAGAGCUGGAGAAGAUACGACAACCCUCUUAUCCCCUGAAUUCACAAACCCUGCUGACAUUUGUCAAGUUCAGACCUGGCCACUUCAAGCUUGGGAAGCUGUUGGAGGUGGAUGUGAAGGACGAAUCCAGGACUGUGGUCCCACAAGAGACAACUCUCGACACCAGCGACAGCAACUCUGGUGCAGAGCCUGAUACUAGGUCCUUCAUUCCAACAUCUCUAAGAUUUGUAGCUGAUACUGAUGAUCGUUUGGACUUGUCGGACGAUGAUGAGGCAUAUGACCAUGGCCUUCUACUGAGAACUGGACCAUCUGCAACCCCAGAUUUGAACCUGGAUCUCCCUUACAAAACACCUCUCCAGUUGAGGAGUGUGUUUGGCAGCUACGGGCGAUCAAUGGGAAAUAUGUGUCUUCCAUACAACAUUUGUUUCACCGCGGAUGAUAAACUGGUGGUUGCAGAGAACGGAAACAGACGACUCCAAGUGUUUGACAUUGAUGGGGAAUCUAUUGAAUUCAUUGGAAGUGGUGAGAUCAUACCUAGAUGUGUCACUCAAACACCAUCAGGUGACCUUGCUGUCACAGACGAACUUUCAAAAACCAUCAAGGUUUAUGACUUGGGGGGCAACCUAAAGUUGACUUUAAAUCCUGCUGGGGCAACAUUUCCCUUUGGAUUAGCCACUUCUCAUACAGGCCUCUUUAUCUUCACCGACAUGAUCUUCGAAAACGUCAGCAUCAUCACUGCAUCUGGAAUCCUCAAACGCCAGUUUGGAUCUCAUGGUUGUACACAAGAUCGAUUUGACAACCCAGGAUACAUUGCUGUCAGUCAGUACAGCAAAAUCUUCGUCUCGAUUCAAGCAAUCAUGCCAUCAAGGUGUUCGACAUGAAUGGAACUUUUCUGUACAAAUUUGGUAGCUAUGGUACCAAUGAUGGCAGACUAAGGUACCCCAAAGCUAUCUGCUUUGACAUCUUUGGCAACAUUUUCAUCGCAGACUCCGGGAAUGAC